AGGUCAUCCAGUGCGAGAGCACAUUUAAUUCUAUCAAAAUACUUGCUAUACAAACAGAAAUUAAUAAUUAAGGUCCGAGUUAAUGAAUUCUACUGUGUUUAAUAAUUCAUUACGACUAUAAAAAUGGAACCCAACAAACUGGUUUGAAUUUUUAAAAAAAAAUAAAGGCGUGGAAUCGUAUGUUCCGAUCAAUCUGACAGAAAACCUCGACUAGUGAACAAUGCUGUUUAUAAAGGUAAAAGAUUAUUCAAUUCACGUCAAGUGCAUCAAAAUUAUAUUCCUUCUAAGCUGUAUCACUCCGACUGUUUGCUCAAAAUCCUUCAUAUUUGAGGCAGAGGAUUCACACACUGUUGGGUCACUGAACAUUGGCAACAAUGAUUUAGGUGGCGUGUCUCGAUCGGAAGCCAGUGGAAGGAAGGCUGUGCACAUGUAUCAGGGACACUAUCUAGAGUACACAUUUUGUGUACACAGAGAAACCAAUGUAAAGAUUUCGAACAUACGAUUUUCCAAUGAUGGACCACAUGACGAAUACUUGGUCGAAAUUGACGGGAACAUAGUGGGAGAAUAUAAAACAGGAACACAAACUGGUACUGGAAAUGCUUGGAAUAAUUAUCAUUCAAGUGGACUUGUCGGUACGGGUGUAAUUCUUGCUGCGGGUAACCAUAAAAUAAAACUUCUGGUGGCUGUUUCUGACCAGUGGGGGGCAGAAGUUGACUUCAUUCUGGUGGACGUCGAUGACCAGAAAUUGGACGAAUUAGGAUUCCAUUGUGAUAUGUUUUGUUUUGACGACAUCACAUUUAAAAAAGUUAAAAAAUUAGACAGUGUUCCUGGGUCAAGAUUUGAUCAGAAGAGCUUCAGGUCAUCUUGCUCCGAGGAGGCAAACGUCAAAGUGGCUGUAUACAAUGAUUUCGCUACAUUGUUCCGCUUGACUGCAUCAAAUCCAAAGUAUAAAACGUUUUCCAACAAUCGCCUUCCAAACUAUAGUGGUUGCAAUGUUGGUCGCCCUACGUUAAACUUUUCUAAUAUAGCUGUUGAUCCAUAUGAACAAAGCAUUUCUACAAAUAAAUUUAAGAUUGACUUUGCAGGUUCCCCAAAUUACGUUAUAAUGGCCGUUACUUUUUUUCAGCCCAAACUCUCGUUGACAAGAGACCCAAACGAACAUAGAGUCGGUUCCGUCUUGACUAUUAAAUUUAAAGAUGAAGGAGCACCUUUUGACCUGGAUAUCUCUUAUUUGGGUGAAUCUCGUCGGUACAUCAGUUUUGAUAGACUUAAAGUUGAUCCUAAAAAUAAGACAAUUCAUACCUGGAAAAUUCCGGACCAUUCCUGGAGUUUAACCCAGGAAAAUAUUGUACGACUUGGCUUUUCCUCAUCACAAGCAGUGAAUACAUUCAUUGAAAGUAUAACGCUUAAAAAACGGGAGACGGUUCACAACAAAACCGUCCUCUAUCAGGACAACAAAUAUAUCAUAGAGGGUACCGACAUCGACUCCGGGUAUAUGGAAGAACACACGAUGGCCACUAAAAGUAAAUAUACUAAGGAAGUGUACAAUAAUCUUGAUUUAAUUCAGGUGUAUGCCAAACUGCCUUGGAGCAGUGGGUUCUCCCAGGUAUUUUCUUUGUAUCACGAUGGAACAGCUAGCCUACUUCCCAUUACCCCUCAUGGUCUUGAUUGGAUACCAUUUGGAACGACCGUUGUCAUUGGUCCAAACAAUGCGAGUGACCCUCGCCCAACUUCACCAAUCAAAAACGUCGAACUAGAUCCAAUCAAUAUGAUAUUUGAAGUAGAAUUUGUUCAUGGCGACCGAGCUUCUCUUUCUGUUGAUGCGAUGGAUUUUGAAACUGUUCUCACUGUAAAAUAUGGUGAAAUCAAACAUAACAGAAAGAUAUACCCUCUAAUGACCGUGCUUUCCACGUGGAUAUCUGACGGAUAUAGCCUUACUGAUCAAAUAUCUGUGAAUGGUGAUACACCAAGAAAAAUUAUGGGAAAUUGGAAAACUUUGUACGGCACAUCAGCCAUGUUUUACCGAAAAUGCAUCUCCAGUUAUCAUACAAUGAGUCCUGAUCUUAGGCUUGAAGUGAUAGAUGCAGACGAACUUGUGAUAUAAUUCAAUACUUACGAACAAAUAGGACUCGAUUCUUCCUGUAAAAAAAUUAUAAACUGUGGAAUGACAAAAAUGAAAUCGAAAUUUAUUCCACAUCUCCCAGUCUUUUGCUAAUAAAUCAUCUAUAAGCAAUCUGAAUAAUAAUGAUAGGUAGAGGGGUUUAAUUAAAUUCAUGUUUUUUAAUUCUAUAUACAUGUAGGUACCCUGUUAUUUCAAAACAACGAUGAUCCGCUGGAAUGUUGUACUCAUUACAAUUAUGAUAUUUACUGUUUAUGUGGUGCUUGAUUGUAUUUAGGUGCUGUAUAUGCCUUUAUAUCUAUAUGACAAAAUAGUACGCUUGUUCUAUAUUAAAAAUAAACGAUGAUGAUUCCGUAAUAGAUAUAGUUUACAUGUAUACAUUUACAGGGGGAUCCAAAAUAUCUGAUACCAUUUUGAAGGAUGAGCUCACAAAAAGAAAAUUUUCAAAUUUUUAUACAUGCUUUUACAUUUUAUACAGCAUAUGUCAAAUAUAGUUUACUUUUUUCAAGCUACCAUCCUAUUUUACCAAAUAAACAGCAAUUAUGAUUAUAAUUGAA